AUGGAUCCUGAGGGUGAAGAAUAUCUUGCUGACGUGGGUGACGAAAGGUUCAGGCUUGAAUUAGCGCAUCCAAAUUCCCUUGCCGCGGAUGAAAAAAAAUCGUCGCGCGGUUGUGGGACUGCUUCAUUCAGUGGCUCUGAGAUCGACAAGCGUUCGGUUUCGUUGAUUGUCGCUGGUGGCAGAGACCUGAAAGGCGAAAACAAGAAAAGGAUCAACCAGUCGGGUGAGAGCAAUGAAGUCCGCGAUUUAAGAUCUGCGCUGACGAAAAGCCGUGAAGAGUCUGAAAAGUUAGGAAGACAACUGGUAGUUAUGCAGCAAAAGUUGGAUGCGGAGCUCUACAAUAGGAAAUUGGCCGAGCAAAAGCUAAGUGUGGCGGAAAAUGUGGUUGCAACGCAAAAAAAAGAAAUGGUUUUGCUUCAGCGCAGCGCCCAGUUAAGUCCUGGUGACGCAAAGGAUCGUAAGCUUGAAAACGCUCUCCGUGAGAUAGCGUUAUUGAGGUCAAAGGUUGAUGAAAUGAAUGAAACGAAGAGCAUUUCCCAGGGUGAAGGCUUUGCACAACUACGCGCGAGUGUUAGCAAGCUUUCUUCAGAAAAAAAUGAACUUAUCAACUGUUUAAGAAAGCAGAACAAACUCAUAGAUGUUUUGAAACGCCAGAAGGUCCAUUUAGAAGCUGCUGUUUUAGUUGAACUCGCUGAGAAAGAAGUUGAAAGGUAUUUUGACCUUGCGCGUUGA